AUAACCAAUCUAACCAUUCUCUGUUUUCUCUCCUAUUUUUUUCUUCCUUUCGUUUCAUUUUGAUUUCUAACCCUAACUUUUCUUCCUAUAGAAAAAAAAAUGGAGUUUGAAUUGAUGGAAUUUCCUAACAAAGAAGAAAAGAAAGCAAUACUAGAAACUGCUUCAGAUAGCAUAAACUCACUCAACAAUUUCAUCGAUUUUCUCUCUCACACACCUUCUAAUCUAAACUCCGAUCUCACAAACACCACCGUUGCUAACUUCAAAAACCUCUCCAACUUACUCAACCGUACCGGCCGUGCCCGCUUCCGUCGCGCUCCCCUCCCUCAACCGCCACAAAAUCCCUCUCCCACUCCCACUCCCACUCCCUCUCCCUCCACCUCCACAACGCCACCUCAACUUCAACCUCCUCAGAACCACUCUCUAACUCUUGAUUUCACUAAACCUAACAUCCUGAGAUCUAACCCUAAAUCCUUAGAUCUAGAAUUCCCUAAAGAAGCCUUCAGCGUUUCCUCUAACUCCUCAUUCAUGUCCUCCGCCAUCACCACCGGUGACAUCACCGGCGACGGCAGUGUUUCAAACGGUAAACUAGGUUCAUCUCUCUUCCUCAACGCCGUCUCCGCCGCUAAACCUCCUCUUUCGUCUACAUCAUUGAAGAACAGAUGUCACGAACACUCCGACAACGGCUCCGGCAAGCGCUCCGGUUCUAAUAAGUGCCACUGCAUCAAGAAAAGGAAAAAUCGGAUGAAGAGAACGGUGAGAGUACCGGCGGUGAGUUCGAGGAUUGCGGAUAUACCGUCGGAUGAGUAUUCGUGGAGGAAGUAUGGUCAGAAGCCGAUAAAGGGAUCACCGUAUCCAAGGGGAUAUUAUAGGUGUAGUACAGUGAAAGAGUGUCCUGCGAGGAAAAAGGUUGAGCGAGCGAUGGAUGAUCCAACGAUGCUGAUUGUAACGUAUGAGGAGGAGCAUCGUCACGAGAUUCAUACUGCGAUGCAGGAGAAUAUUUCCGGGAGUAUGGAUUUGGUGGUAUUCGAGUCAACGUUAGGUGGGAAUUAGAAAUAGGAAUAUUGGUUUUCUUAUUUUUAUUUUAGAAAUAGAAACUUAAAUGGGAAUGGUGGUGGUUAGAGGUUACUGGUUGCAAUGUAAAUCUUGUCUGACUUAAUUAUAUUUUUUGGCCACAAGUAUUACUAAUGUUAUUGUGAGAACUUUAGCAUAUGACUAUAAGGCAGAGAGCCCAUUUACUUUUAAAAUAUUCUUAUGUUUCUAUUUUAUAAAAUUUAGGUUUACUAUA